AUGGUCAGUGGCAGCAGCCUGUACCUGUACCUCUACCUCUGCCUGUACCUCUGCCUCUGCUUGUACCUCUACUGCUACCUGUACCUCUACCUCUGCUUGUACCUCUGCCUGUACCUCUACCUCUGCCUGUACCUGUACCUCUACCUCUACCUCUGCCUGUACCUGUACCUCUGCCUGUACCUCUACCUCUGCUUGUACCUCUACUGCUACCUGUACCUCUGCCUCUGCUUGUACCUGUACCUCUGCCUGUACCUCUACCUGUACCUGUGCCUCCACCUCUGCCUGUACCUCUACCUUUACCUCUACCUGUACCUGUACCUCUACUUUUGCCUGUACCUCUACCUUUACCUCUGCCUGUACCUGUACCUCUACCUCUGCCUGUACCUGUACCUCCACCUGUACCUCUGCCUGUACCUCUACCUGUGCUUGUACCUCUACCUGUACCUCUACCUCCACCUGUACCUCUACCUCUGCCUGUACCUGUACUUCUACCUCUGCCCGUACCUCUAUCUUUACCUGUACCUGUACCUCUACCUGUAA